CAGCUCCGCCCUGUUCUUCUCGUGCUCCCUGCCUUGGAUCACAGAAUUGUCAGAGUGGAACUCAGUCCUCUUGGUCAUCCUCUGCUCAGAAGCCCAGGCUCGGCUCUCGUCACCAUGGCUUUGUCACUUUCUUAUUAUGCAACCAACCUCUUCAGGUCGUCCUACGGCAAAGACCGCCCGGACUUCUUCAUCUGGUACCCCAAGGGCACAACCUCGGCCGAGAAGAAGCUGUUGCACAAGCUAGAUUUCUUCAUCCUCUCCUACGGAUGUCUGGCCUUCUUCACAAAAUGGCUCGACCAGUCCAACAUUAACAAUGCCUACGUCUCGGGCAUGCGCGAGGACUUGUCCAUGUUUGGAACCGAGCUCAACCUCGCCACCACCUGCUUCCAAGUCGGCCAAAUUCUGGGCCCGAUCCCCGCCAACCUUCUUCUCACAUGGAUUCCCCCUCGCAUGCUUCUUCCUGGACUCGAAUUCCUCUGGGGUAUUCUUACCAUCGGAACUUACGCCGUCACCAAUGUCAACCAGCUUUACCCCCUUCGCUUCUUCAUCGGCUUCCUCGAGGGAUCCUGCUUCGUCGGCGUACAAUAUGUCCUCGGCAGUUGGUACAAGCGAAGCGAGAUUGGAAAACGCACAGCAAUCUUUGCCGUUGCCGCAUACGUGGCCACCCUCGUCAGUGGAUUCCUUCAAUCGGCGCUGCUUGCGACCAUGAAUGGCAGAAACGGCAUUGCGGCCUGGCGCUGGGUCUUCAUCAUCGACGGCAUCAUUACUCUCGCGGUCGCCCUCUAUGGCUACAUUGUGUUCCCGGAUACGCCAUACACCACAAACGCCUUCUAUCUCAGCCAGGACGAGAGAAAGCGCUGCGUCGAGCGCCUUGCCGAGGACGGCCGGACGGAGAUGAACAGCUUCACUUGGGAUCUGUUCAGCCGGACCCUCAGGACCUGGCAGGUCUAUGUGCUGACAAUCCUGUGGAUGUUCUGGAACACUACGGUUGGAAAGGUUGCCAACCUCGUCUUCUCCCUAUUCCUGAAGAACGACCCAACUCGGACCUGGUCAGUCUACGACGUCAACAACAUCCCGACUGCCAUCAACGGCUGGAACAUUGUCAUGCUCCUCCUGCUCCUCACCUAUGUCGACGCGACAGGCUGCCGCAUGAACGCCGUGGCCUUCAACUGCGCCAUCCUGAUCUUCGGAACCGUCUGCCUUGUCAUCUGGGAGAUCCCUCUCGGGCUGAAGGUCGUCUCGUUCAUGUUUGCCGGCAUGGACGGUCCUCUCUCCCCAAUCUACUACUCCUGGGCCAACAUCCUGACGAGCGGCGACGCCCAAGUUCGUGCAUUGACUCUUGCUAUCAUGAACUCGUGCGGUGCCGUGUCCGCCCUCAUCAUGGGCCAAUGGGCGUACCCCGUUACGGACGCCCCCAAGUUUUCCAAGGGCUACCGGGCCAGCUUGUCGCUAGUCAUUGGCAUGUGCGUGUGGGUCGUCGUUGUGCGCGUGCUGGAGAUGCGCGCCCUGCACAAGAAGGAGAAUGACGUUGCCGACGAGGAGUCGAACGGCAGCGCAUCCGGCGUCGAGGUGGUCACGGAGCCAAAGGUCUAACUAAAUUAGCGUCUCCCCGAGUUUAGCGUGCGUGGCUGGCUGGGCUGCAGGCUCGAGGUCGGAACAUUUGUCUAUUUGUGGGGUUGACAGCUGCACUCGCGCGACCUGACCGAUGCACUUUGAGCACGUGGACCGGGACAGCUGCGGAGAGUUACGACUUUGAAUUGUGAUAUUACAAAUGACAGUAGUUGACCAAUACAGAUUUGUGAAGGGA